AAAACACAAAUCAACGAAGCAAACAAAAAAGAAAGUGAUAGUUGCGUGUUGCUUUGGUACAAAAUGGUUUUGGAUCUGAUUUUAAUGCUAUUUAAGUUACCCUAAUUGUAGUUAAGCUAUAAAAUUUCCGCUACAAGUACUUUAAAUUGUGAUGAAUUGUGCUGAAAAAAAUUCCAGAACUAAAAAAGUGCUGUAUUUCGGAAGUAAAAUUUUACAUUGAUCAGAAUAAUGAACGAAAGUACCAUCCACAAGUUUCUUCCGGUGCUUUUGUGUGCCCUAGCGAUUCCUCUGUCCAUGUUCUUUUGGAUCGGAAAUGUAGCCUAUUCCAAGAUAACCAAUAACAAUCAAGACAAUGUAAUCCCUCCCACAAGAUGGCUCUUUUCCAUCUUGAUACCCAUUCUGCUGAUGGUGUACGGACUGAAGCGGAAGGGAGUCAACAAAUCCGGAGCAGCAUUGGGACUCAUCUGUGCCAUCGUGCUGUCCAUUUCGUCGCACGCGUUUCUCGUUUGUUUGGCUACGUUUUUCUUCAGUUCCAGCAGAGCCACAAAGUUUCGGUCGCAUUUGAAACGCAAGAUCGAAGAAGACUUCCGGGGCGGCGAAGGUCGCCGAAACUGGGCGCAGGUGAUUUGCAACGCUGGAAUGGCCACACAGUUGGCUCUGCUGUACUUGUUGGAUUGUGGCUACGGGGAGCGACCGAUCGAUUUCAGACAGCUCUACCGGUCGAGUUGGCUGGGCGUUGGAAUAAUGAGUGCGUUUGCGUGCUCGAAUGGAGAUACGUGGGCCAGUGAACUGGGUACGGUUCUGGCGAAAGGGAAUCCGUUUUUAAUCACUAGCUGGAAACGUGUACCGAGGGGUACCAACGGUGGCGUUUCGUUCGUCGGAUUGGUGGUUAGCUUUUUUGGUGGUCUGGCUAUAGGAUUGUCCUACUAUUUGACGAUUCGUUAUACGAUUGAUUCCAAAAUUUAUCUACACAGUCCAAAUCAGUGGCCGAUCAUCGUGUUUGGGGGAGUGGCCGGGCUAUUGGGAUCGAUAGUGGAUUCGAUAAUUGGUGCUACAGUUCAGUACUCGGGAGUUGACGACAAAGGAAGAAUUGUGGAACGACCAGGAAAGGAUGUGACGCAUAUUUGUGGGGUUAGGAUCUUAGAUAACCAUAGCGUUAAUCUCAUUAGUAGCAUAAUUAUUGCCCUGUUGAUGCCAUCCGUAGCCAUGUACUUUUGGGACCAAUUCUGACGAAAUAAAGUAUACAAAACAUCCAUGGCAUUGUGACUUCAAGUGCUAUUAUCUACCAACAUUUCUCAGUAGCUUUUACAAUCAAAAUCAAGUCUAAUUUGAGAUUUUUUCAACAGAUUUUUUUAAUUGAUCUGAUAGAUGAAUAUAUUUUCGAUUUUUUCCCAUUCGUUGCUCUGA